UUGAAAAAACAGUUAAGAUACAAUGGAUGCUAAUAACUGAUUUAAAAUGCCUAAAAGACUUCUUUGGCCAUCAAGGCCCUUCGUCGAAUUUUCCUUGCACGUUGUGUAGGGCACCUAAAGAAGAAUUAAACAAGAUUGGGGUUAUGCGUACGUUUGGAGAAGAUGAAAAGAAUUACUCCUACACAAUGGAACCUCUUUUGCCUGUUAAUCACUUCAAAGUCAUCCCGCCUACAAUGCAUAUUCUCCACGGCCUUGUCAACAGAGCAUUGAAUAUACUUUGGGACUUGACUGGAGCAAAAGAAAUGGGACUUGGAAUCAUCGAUAAGAAAGCGGAUCCACAUACACAUCAAUUUAUAGGGGAUGCGGUUAUUUCAAUUCUGGACAAACGAAAAGAACUGAGCGAACUUAUUGCAGAUUCUGGUCAAAAAACUCAAUGGCUGAGGCUUAUGGUUAAUCUUCGAUUAUUUUCAAAACAGAUAAGUGCAAAAGAGCUUAGUGACGAUGGAUUAAACACGUUGAGCUAUGCUUGUGAGAUGGUUGUCAAAAUUUUGCAUAGUUUUCUCGGCAAAACAACUCCGAAGGCACAUUGGUUGCUUCAUUGCGUGAUUUUUGCCAAGGAACAACGAUGGCUUGGGUUAUUAAGUGACCAGUGUCUUGAGUCUUUACACUCCAAACUCAACCUUCUGAUGAAUCGUUUCAAGCAUACUGGAGACCAGAUGACGGCAUUGGAGGGAAUGCUCAAACACCAACUUCUAUGGAAUUUUAUUCAUGAUGAGGGUCUUGAUGAAGGACAGCUUUUAGAAGAGGAUCAAGAGGAAAAAGAAAAUUUUAGCCCUUAG